AUAUUAAUUUUUAUAUAUAUUUAUUAUUUUUUGUGUGUGUUGGUGUCAUAGGGUGGUGUAUAUAUUAUUAUUUUUUGGAAUAUAUAAACGCAACCAUAGCAACGAACAACGGCAAUAGAAACAGUAGCAACCCACGCACGCACACAUAACAGACAAAAAUUUUUUUGAAAGAAAAACAAAAAACAAACCAAAAAAAAAAAAUGCAACCAAUGCCAUAUUACCAACAAGGCUAUCAACAGCCAUACCCUCCUACAGGGUCACCUGCUGCCUCAUCUGUGAUGAGCGCAGGUCCUGGAAUGGUCGGUCAUCCCAAUGGUCUGCCUCCACUCCAGCAUCCAAUGGACAUGAACCAGAAUCAGGCUGCCUUGGCUGCUGCUACUGCCGCCCAGGGUGCCAAGCGCAAGCAAGUCAAGAAUGCAUGCACCAACUGCCAAAAGGCCUGCAAAAAAUGCGACGAUUCCAGACCCUGCCCAAGAUGUGUCAAAUACGGUGUUGCAGACACAUGCGUCAACUCUGUCCGCAAAGAACGUAAAAAGGGAAUCAAACGCGGUCCAUACAAGAGAAGACUCAAAGGAGAUUCCGAUAUGAAUGCUCGUGCUGCUGCCGGUCCGGACACUAUCGCUGCUAGCCAGGUCCAGCCACAAGCCGGCGCGCCUGCCAUGCGUUACCAAAUGUCAUUCGGCUAUCCCACAAAUCUUAACCAAUACGGACAACCGACCUACGAUGCCUACAGCCAGUAUGCAGCAGCCUAUCACAAGGAUCAAAUGAUGCCUUACGUCAACCCCGUCUACCCAUCAAUGUACCCAGUCAUGGCCCCUAACCCAGACGGCUCUGGUUCCGCACCAGCCACUGCCCACGUCUACCAAACGCCACAACAGCAUCAACAGCAGCAACAUCAUCAACAGCAGCAGCAAGCUAUGCACUAUCCUAAUGGAAUGAUGCACCCUGGCCCCCAACCUCCUCGUCCAGACCAAUCUCAGCAGACAUUGCAACAGCAACAAUCAGGUCCACCACCUCCACCAUCCCAACGUGGUAGCCCUCAUCCUCACGAUCCCAAAGACGAGGUUUUUGCAAAGCCUCAGCCAAUGACACCUGUCCCAAGCACAUCCACUUCUUCCAACACCGCCUCUUCAGCAGAUUCUGCCGAGGAUGAUGAUGGUUCUAAAUUUGCUCGUUUGUCUCAGUUGUGCUCAGCCGCACUCAAUCAAACAGACUCCCAUGCUUAAAAUAAAAUAAUAAAAAAAAAUCAAAAAACCAAAAAAAAAAUGGUAAUGAAUAAUAAUAAU